GUCAACAUGCCCCGGGGGCGAAGGCGGAAGAACCCGAAUGGCGAAGCCCGAGGGCAAACAGUAUUGAGUAAAUUCUUCUGGCCAUCUCGGCCAGCCGGCUCUGCCUCGGCUCCUCCUGCUGAUGUCCUUGUGCCUGCUGAGGAGGGAAGUGAGGGUGGUGCAGCGGCUGCAAUGGCGCCUUCUGAGUCUUUGCACACGGAUACUGAACCUGCUGGGAAAAGGAGAAGAGAAGAAACAUGCCUUCAGUUUAGCCAAUUUUCUUCAUCAAAUAUAAGUUGUGAAAACAUUCAAAAUACUUCUGAUAUGAGUCUCAAUAAAAGAACCAAAAGUGUAUAUACACCACUUGAGCUCCAGUUUCUGGAAGUGAAAAAUCAAUAUAAGGAUGUUAUUUUAUGUGUUGAGUGUGGUUAUAAGUACAGAUUCUUUGGCGAAGAUGCAGAGGUUGCUGCUAAGGAACUGAACAUCUAUUGUCAUCAGGACCACAACUUUAUGACUGCCAGCAUACCAACUCACAGACUGUUCGUUCAUGUUCGGCGACUUGUAGCAAAGGGAUAUAAGGUAGGAGUUGUAAAACAAACUGAAACAGCUGCCUUGAAGGCUGUUGGAGAAAAGAAAAGCUCCCUCUUCACCCGAAAACUAACUGCUUUGUAUACAAAGUCUACAGUUCUAGGAGAAGAUAUCCUUAUCAUGCAUACAUUACUUGAUCAUCUUUCCGAUGCUGAGGAAGUAUCAUCUGAUACCUGUGAUAAUUAUCUCCUCUGUAUCUGUGAAAGCAAAGAAAGUUUCAGGGAGAAGAGGCAGGACAGUAGUAUAGGUAUAGUGAUAGUAAAAAGUAAGAUAUAUAUGCUAAGGUUACAUGAUGAUAGAAUUCGAGUAGAAAAAAUGGAAAACAAGCAUUUUGAAUACAGCAGUGCUUUCCAGCUGAUUACAGAUUUUUAUGGUAGUCAAGAACAUGAUAGCACAGGAUCCCAAGCAUUGUCUUUCAUCUUAAACUUGGACAAGCCCGUGUUAUGCUCCUUGGCUGCUGUGAUUACUUAUCUGAAAGAAUUCAAUUUAGAAAAAAUACUGCAUAACCCUCAUAAUUUUAAGAAGUUAUCAAGUGAAGCUGAAUACAUGACACUUAAUGGAACUACACUAAAAAAUCUAGAAAUCCUACAGAACCAAACCGAUAGGAAAACAAAAGGCAGCCUGUUUUGGGUCUUGGAUCAUACAAAAACUUCAUUUGGACGACGAAAACUGAAGAAAUGGGUGACACAGCCUCUCUUGAAAUCCAGUGACAUUGAUUCUCGACUUGAUGCAGUGUCUGAAGUUCUCAUGUCCGAAUCAAGCAUCCUUGGUCAAAUUAAGACACUCCUAUAUAAGAUGCCAGAUGUUGAGAGAGGACUUUGUAGUAUUUAUCACAGAAAGUGUUCCGUUCAAGAGUUCUAUCUGGUAGUCAGCACUCUGUCUCAGUUGGAAGCUGCUAUCACAGCACUGAUUCCAGCAAUACGUUCUCAGGUGAAAGCAUCUUUGUUGCAGAACAAUCUCUUGGAAAUUCCAGAAUUGCUGUGCUCAAUGAAAAAUUAUCGAAGUAUGCUUAAUGAAGAAGCAGCAAAAACUGGAGACAAAACCCAGCUCUUCAAGGAUCUAAAAAAUUUCCCCAUAAUAAAGAAGCGGAAGGAUGAAAUUGAAGCAGUACUCUGCCAGAUGCAGUUACAUCUUCAGGAUAUAAGAAGGAAGCUAAAUGGUCUUUCUGUGGAUUAUGUGACAGUGUCUGGGCAAGAGUUUCAGAUUGAAGUAAAAAACUCACUGAUAUCUUGCAUACCAUCUGAUUGGAUUAAAGUUAGCAGCACAAAAACUGUCAGCCGUUUCCACACUCCAUUUAUUGUAGAAAAUUACAGACAUCUGAAUCAGCUACGUGAGCAGCUAGUCCUUGAUUGCAGUGCUGAAUGGUUAUGCUUUUUAGAUCAUUUUAGUGAACAUUAUCACUCUGCCUCUGAAGCCGUGGGUCACCUGGCAACUGUGGAUUGUAUCUUUUCCUUGGCUGAGGUUGCUAAACAAGGGGACUAUUGCAGACCAGUCAUAAAAGAUGACAAAUCAGAGAUAAUAAUAAAAAAUGGGAAGCACCCAGUGAUUGACUUGUUGUUAGGGGAGCAAGAGCAGUAUGUUCCAAAUGAUACCUACUUAUCAAAAGACAAUCAAAGAGUAAUGAUAAUUACUGGGCCCAAUAUGGGUGGAAAGAGCUCCUAUAUAAAACAAGUUGCAUUGAUAACAAUCAUGGCACACAUUGGGUCUUAUGUACCAGCUGAAGAAGCAUCUGUUGGUAUUGUGGAUGGUGUUUUCACCAGAAUGGGUGCCACAGACAAUAUAUUCAACCGUCACAGUACGUUUAUGGAAGAACUGACAGAUACAGCUGAAAUAAUUAGAAAAACAACAUCACGUUCACUUGUAAUUUUGGAUGAACUUGGGAGAGGAACCAGCACACAUGAUGGAAUUGCUAUUGCUUAUGCUACGCUAGAGCAUUUUAUUAAAGAUGUGGGUUCACUGACACUAUUUGUCACCCAUUAUCCCCCAGUGUGUGAAUUAGAAAGGGUCUAUUCAAGUCAGACUGGAAAUUACCACAUGGCUUUUCUGGUAAAUGAAGAGGAUAAUGAAGAAAAAAAGGCAACUGAUCAUGAAGAAAAUCCUGGAUUUGUCACUUUCCUUUAUCAAAUAACAAGAGAAGUUGCUGCAAGGAGUUAUGGGAUAAAUGUUGCUAAACUAGCAGAUGUUCCUGAUGAAAUUCUGAAAAAGGCAGCUCACAAAUCAAAAGAGCUAGAAGGAUUAAUGAAUAUGAAAAGGAAAAGGCUGAUGUCAUUUGCUAGACUAUGGAAUGCUAACGAUGCUAGAGACCUGCAAAGAUGGAAAAGUGUCUAUGAAACAGAAAUAGAUUGAAACAACAGCGGAAAUUAUAAUGCUUGCUGAGUUAAGAGUGAAAUGACUUAGAAUGUUUAGAAUUUACCAUACAAAGAAUUUAUAAUGGUGACAUUUGAGAUUAACAUAAACUAAUGGGUGAAUUUUAAGUGGUUAAUGGCUGGUUCUCAUGGUCAUUUUUAAAUCAUGCGAACCAUUUCCAGGGAAGCAAUUAUGUGGAACAGCAAACCAUGUGAACUAAUGAUGCUUUUCACUUUCAAGUGGACAUUCAUACUCAGUUUAAAUGGUAUUUCUGCGAUAGAAUCAUGUGCACAUACAGGGGCAAUUAUGUUGAGAAAAAUCUAUAGCAUGAGUGACCCUUUUGUUCAAUUGUAUUGGAAGCUUUGUGCUUCUCUUAUUUAUGGUUUUUUGAAAAUCUUCUAAUGUAAUUUGGAUGUUUUCGUUUAAUGUACUUUCCCCCAUAUUUAUUUCCAAGACAGACAUAGGAAUUUUCUUAAAAUAAAACAUGGCCUUUUGUAAUUGCUGAAGUUAACUGUCAAUAUUUGCUGAAAUCAUGUUUGUCAAUUACAGAAAAAAGAUUUUCAAAUUAAAAAGAAUGGGUUAGAUCCCACGGAAUCCAUGGUGGAGCUGAUCCCUCCUCAUCUUUCCAUUUUCCCAGUAACUUGCUGCUUAUGCCAAAAGUCCUCUCUGUGGAUCAGAGGAGCAUUGUGAACAAAAUGUUCCACAGUACAAGGAGCUGUUUUGAGGAUGGAAAAUUGAGUUAAAUUGCCUCUGCCGCCAUCAUUGAUUUCUCCUUCCUCACUGUAGCUGCUUGAACUAUCUUGGCCCUCCAAGAGGAUUUUCAGGACAAUCAGCAAGCUGCUGGAGAAGUGGCAGGGAGGAAAAGAUCUGUUCACGAACGCCUUCC